AUGGACUCGGACGAGAUUGAGUCGACUAGCUCCGAAGAGGAUGACCUUUUUGAUAUAUUCAACUUGCGCAAGUCAUCACCAAAACCAAAACCAAAACCAAAACCAAAACCACAAAAGACUUACUCACGAUCGACGCGACGCCAUAAUAUUCAAGAAUCACAGUCAGAAUCUUUUCUGUACAAAACCACUGGAGCUAGUCAAUGUAAUGGCUCCGCCACUGAAUCGUCACCACAGCCAAGGAAGAAAAGGGUGAUUCUACUGAGUAAUACAUGUCAAAAGCGAUAUUUCAACAAAUCAAAGUUUGACGACUCUGAUGACGAUGAUAUACUCAAUAUCGAUGUGCCACCAGUGUUCAAAACCAGUGCAAAGAGUCAUCAGGUGUAUGAGAAACAGCAACAAGUGAACCAAAAGAUAGCAGAUCAAAAGAGAUUUGAGGAGCUACGCAAGCAGCAGAAAGAAUCACGCAUGAAACGGCUAUUGGACGAGUUGAAUCAAGAAGAGGGGAGGAAAUACGACUUGGAACGCGAUAAGGCCUAUUUGGAAAGUUUACUUGCUAAAGACGAGAGCGGUGUAGAUGGAUACGGCAUUUCUCGAUACUUUUGCAGUUUAAAGAGUCUGAUAUUUGACGAAACUGUGUUGCUGAAUUAUGAUUUGGGUAGUGAAAUUAGCCAAUCGUUGAGAUUUUUGAUUGCCAGAAAUCCUCAAGCUGGCUAUGUCAAAAUUAAGUCGCAAUUCAAGUCAUUUGUUUUGAGGAGUAUGACUCUGGCCAAUCUUGGAUAUUUGAAGAGUUUGUCCUCUUUAAUUCGACUAAAUGACGACCCUGUUUUCAAUGAAAACGAGUUCAAGGACUUGCUAAUCAAGAUAGGACUAGACCCGCGGCUAAUCAAAAGUGAUGCGGGUCUAGUUUUGAAAAUAGAGCACAAGUCAAGCGGACUAGAGCUUCAAUUACAGAGAUUGAGUCUAGUGUUUAUGACGUAUCUCCAUUCCUCAGACGUGGACUUUGAAACAGUGGCUAGAUUCUUUUUAUUGGUAAUUUCUGACUACAAUGCAAACAAGUAUGAAUUGCGAGGAUUAAUGCUGUUUAUCCAUGACAAUUUCCCAUUACUAUGUGCAAAAGUAGAUGAUGCUCAAGAUCUCGUAACGCAAUUGAUGGUGCUCAUUUCUGGAAUUCACACCUGUCUUCCUCAUCACAACAACAAGGAAAAAGUCAACAAAAUGGAUUUGGAGUUGCAUCACAAUAUUAUUAAAUUAAUAAAUGUGACGUUUGCAGCGGACAAGCGACUUUGUCCCGUCAUUCACGAGUUAAAUCUCCAAUUCUUGCUUGGAAGUGAUUACAGACAACGUGUUCACAGGUUUACUAAACAAAACUUGAUCUACCACAUAGCUAACGACAUUAUCAUCGAAGACAAUAUCAAAGAUCUUCUUGAGUUGAAUGAUUUACAAACAGCAGAUAAAAUUUAUGCAUUCUACUACAAGGUGAAAAUAUUACCAUUCAUACUAGUUAACCCGUUCAAUUUUUCACUCGAUCGGGAAAAGAAUAUGAAAGUGCUCCGAUCAAUGAAGAGCUCAGUGGAAAGAAUCUUGCAAAGCUGUUAUGGGUUGAUACGAGACUUGGGAUCCGUUAAUAUUGAGCUUGUAAUGGCAGCCGUGAAAACCGGUGUUGAUUCAUUUAGUUUUGAUCGCGAGGAGAUGGUUCGCUUUUUGACUGACCUCCAUCAAGAUUUGAGCUUACAGUGUGAUAAAUUGGAAAGUGACUUGAAGGUGAUUAAUCAGGACUUCUUUUAUGGGUGA